UCUCCUCCAUUCACAACUUCCAUCACUUGACUGAGCUGUCCAUCCAGACUCUUAAAGAAACUGAAGAAYCAGUAUCCAUGACCAACACGAUGACAUCAACYGUCCUCAUCAGCUUCCUGGCCUGUCUGCUCCUGGUCAAUGUUGAAGGCCAGGUGGGUCAUUCUAAAGCUCGGUGCCUGUGUCUGAAUGGAAUGGUGAACCACGUUAAGCCUCUUCUCAUUGAGAAGCUUGAGGUGUACACCUCCAGCCACUCCUGCCGGAACAUAGAGCUCAUUGUCACUCUGAAUAACGGAGAAGGGAAGAAGUGURUGAAUCCKGAGGCUCCAUUUGCCAAGAAAACCAUUGAGAAAAUAAUGAAAAAACAAAGGUGA